AUGUCUAGUAAACCUAGUAAAUUUGAUAAUUCGCCAUUUCAUAGAGAGGGCAAACUGGCCUAUAUUAAACCUAAACCUAAACCGAAAUCAAAAGAUUCAGAAUUCAUACAAGAAUUAGUUGAAACCGGAAGAGCCAAUUGGAAAAAAGCACCAAAGGCAGUCAAAACUAGAUACUAUGGUAUAUAUAUGAUAAUGUUUUCAAUCCCAGUGAUAUUGAUACCCUCGUACGAAAUUUACAGGAGGUUAGAGGGUAAAUCGACCAAGAAAGUUCAAGAAGGUGAGUUAUUAGAAGGUAAUGAGGUACGGAGAUUUGAUGAAGUUGAAAAAUGGCAAGUGGAGAAAAAUAGUUUGAUGUAUAAGAUAUUUGGAAGGGACUUCUUUUUAGAUGGGUUUACUAGUAAGACCAUGAAUCCUGAGAAAAGUAAUGAAAAGAAUUCAAAGUAA